GUAGGAGCUGGGAGUGGAGUCAGUCCUCCUUCCCUUCAGCUUCAGCGCUCCUCAUGAGCCAUCCCUAAACGCAGAAACCAUGCUUUCCCUGAGAGUCGCCUGCCUCAUCCUGAGCCUGGCCAGCACAGUCUGGACGGCAGACACUGAUGGUAAAAGUGAAUUCUUAGAAGAAGGAGGAGCAGUACGUGGUCCAAGAGUUGGGGAGAGACAACCGAGUCAAUGCAAGGAGACAGACUGGCCCUUCUGCUCUGAUGAUGACUGGAACCACAAAUGCCCUUCAGGCUGCAGAAUGAAAGGGUUGAUUGACGAAACCAAUCAGGAUUUUACAAACAGAAUCAACAAGCUCAAAAACUCACUAUUUGAUUUCCAAAAGAACAACAAGGAUUCUAACUCACUGACCAGGAAUAUCAUGGAGUAUUUGAGAGGGGACUUCGCUAAUGCCAACAAUUUUGAUAACACUUUCGGGCAAGUGUCAGAAGACCUGAGACGCAGAAUUGAGACCUUGAAGCGCAAGGUCAUAGAGAAAGCACAACAGAUUCAAGUUCUGCAGAAAAAUGUCAGGGCUCAGCUGAUAGACAUGAAGCGUCUGGAGGUGGACAUUGACAUCAAGAUCCGCUCUUGCAAAGGGUCGUGCAGCAGGGCUGUAAACCGUGAGGUAAAUCUACAGGACUAUGAAGGCCAGCAAAAACAGCUCGAACAGGUCAUUGCUAAAGAAUUGCUUCCUACAAAAGACAGACAGCACUUGCCAGCAAUAAAAAUGUUUCCAGUUCCCGAUUUGGUUCCCGGAAGUUUUAAGAGCCAGCUUCAGGAGGCCCCUCCAGAGUGGAAGGCAUUAACAGAAAUGCGGCAGAUGAGAAUGGAGCUGGAGAGGCCUGGGGGUUCACGAGGAGAUUCACCAGGAGAUUCGCGAGGAGACUCACGCAGAGAUUCGCGAGGAGACUCUGCAACACAUGGACCAGGGUCAAAGACAGAAAACCCCACGAGUCCUGGAUCUGGUGGAUCUGGGUAUUGGCGUCCUGGGAGCUCAGGGUCUGGAAGUGAUGGAAAUCGGAGCCCUGGGACCACAGGGUCUGAUGGCACUAGAGACUGGGGUACCGGAAGCUCUAGACCUGGCUCAGGCUCUGGGAACUUUAGGCCUAGCAACCCUGACUGGGGUGAGUUUUCAGAGUUUGGAGGGAGUAGCAGCCCAGCAACAAGAAAAGAGUAUCACACAGAUAAACUGGUCACUUCUAAAGGAGAUAAAGAGCUCCUGAUUGGAAAAGAGAAAGUCACCUCUUCUGGCACAAGCACUACACGUCGUUCAUGCUCUAAGACCAUUACCAAGACUGUUAUAGGUAAUGACGGCCGCCGAGAAGAGGUCAAAGAAGUGGUCACCUCGGAUGAUGGUUCUGACUGUGGUGAUGCCAUUGACUUAGGCAUGACCCACAGUUUUAGUGGCAGGCUUGAUGAACUUUCCCGAAGGCAUCCCGACCAUGCUGAUUUUUUUGACAGCCACUUUGGUUCACUCUCAUCUAACUUCAAAGAAUUUGGCAGUAAGACCCAUGCUUUAGGCUCUGAUUACGACAUCUUCUCAGACACUGAGGACCCCAGCUCCCAUGUAUCUUCCAGUAGUAAAACCUCAACUGUCAGAAAACAAAUAACCAAGAGCUAUAAAAUGUCAGAUGAGGCAGGAAGUGAAGCUCACCAGGAGGGAGAAACUCGGACCACCAAGAGGGGCCAGGCCAAAGCUCGCGCAAUGAGAGACUGUGAUGAUGUCCUUCAAACACAUCCUUCAGGUGCCCAGAAUGGCAUUUUCAGUAUCAAGCUACCUGGAUCCAGUAAGAUUUUUUCUGUUUAUUGCGAUCAAGAGACCAGUUUGGGAGGAUGGCUUUUGAUCCAGCAAAGAAUGGAUGGAUCACUGAAUUUUAACCGGACCUGGCAAGACUACAAGAUAGGUUUCGGCAGCCUGAAUGACAAGGGGGAAGGAGAAUUCUGGCUAGGCAAUGACUAUCUCCACUUACUUACUCUGAGGGGCUCUGUCCUCAGAGUUGAAUUAGAGGACUGGGCUGGACAAGAGGCUUAUGCGGAGUACCACUUCCGGGUUGGCUCUGAGGCAGAGGGCUAUGCACUGCAGGUCUCCUCCUACAAGGGCACUGCUGGUGAUGCUCUGAUGGAGGGCUCUGUGGAGGAGGGGACAGAAUACACCUCACACAGCAAUAUGGAGUUCAGUACCUUCGACAGAGAUGCAGACCAAUGGGAAGAGAACUGUGCAGAGAUCUACGGGGGAGGCUGGUGGUACAACAGCUGUCAGGCUGCCAAUCUCAACGGUGUUUACUACCCUGGGGGCACCUACGACCCCAGGAACAACAGCCCCUACGAGAUAGAGAACGGGGUGGUCUGGGUUCCCUUCAGAGGAGCAGAUUAUUCCCUCAGGACCGUGCGGAUGAAAAUUAGACCAUUGGUGGGACGGUAGUGAAAGAGUAGAAAGUGGAGGCUCUGUUUUCUUUGCUUGGUUAGCCGAGAAGAAAGACGAAAAGGGAAGAAGAAGGUGUCACGGAUCUUGUGAACUUUUAGAAAAAUUCCCAGGUGCUAUUCUAUUGUUUGUACUGUAGCUAAAUGUAACUGAGAUGAGUUACUGCUUUGAAAAAAUAAAGUUUUACAUUUUUUUCACCUUUAAA